AUGGGAUUUUGCCCCGGCAUUGAAAAUUAUGCGCGUUAUUUUGACGGCCGAAAAGAAGGCGAAACCCCUUUUGUUCUAUUAGAUUAUUUUCCGGACGAUUUUUUGACUAUUAUUGACGAAUCUCAUAUCACUAUUCCUCAAGUCAAGGCUAUGUAUAAUACGGACCGAUGCCGCAAAGAGACCUUAGUAAAAUAUGGUUUUCGUUUGCCUUCGGCUCUGGAUAAUCGUCCUUUGAACCAAGAGGAAUUUUUUGCCAAAAUUAAUUAUGUUCUUUAUGUUUCGGCCACUCCUGGCAAUUUCGAAUUAGCCAAAGUAAAUUAUCAACCAGUCGAACAAAUUAUCCGUCCGACCGGCUUGCUGGACCCCCAGAUAGAAGUAAGAACCACUCGCAAUCAAAUUGCUGAUAUCAUGGAAGAAAUCCAAACCAAAAGCCGUUGUGGCGAAAAAGUUCUUAUUUACGCCUUAACCAUUGCCAUGUCCGAAGAUAUUGCUAAUUACUUACAAGAAAGAGAAAUUCGGGUGGUAUAUUUACACAGCAGAUUAGAAAUUUUUGAGCGUUAUCAGACUAUUACUAGUUUACGACGGGGAGUUUAUGACGUAAUUGUAGGGAUUAACCUCCUCAAAGAAGGAAUAGAUUUGCCGGAAGUUUCCUUGGUCUGUAUUUUGGACGCUGAUAAACCUGGAUUUUUGCGUGAUACUCGUUCUUUAAUUCAAAUAAUUGGUCGGGCCUCUCGGAACAGAAAUGGUAAGGUUAUUUUAUAUGCUGAUAAAAUUACAGAAAAUAUGCUCGGUGCCAUUGAGGAAACUAAUCGCCGACGACAAAUCCAGCAAGAAUACAAUCGCCCUCCUAGUAGAAAAAGCCCAAAAAGGAGAAAUGAAAACGAAGGAAUUAACCAGGCUAAUGAAAAAUCUCCGGCGGCAAAUGAAAAAAUUCACUCGAGA